AAGAGGAAACCAUAGACAACAAACACAAAAUGAAGCUCAUCAUUAUCUUAAUGAUUUUCUUCUUUGUCUUUCCUUUAACAUUGGGUGAAUUAACCGUUGGCUUCUAUGGCUUUACAUGUCCACAAGCUGAGAGUAUUGUAAGUGAAGUUGUGCAAAGUUAUUACCAAAAUGAUAAUACUAUUGUUGCUGCUUUGCUUCGUUUGCACUAUCAUGAUUGCAUUGUCGAUGGUUGUGACGCUUCUAUAUUAAUAGAUCCAACAAAAAAUAGAACAUCAGAGAAGGAUGCAGAAGCAAACAAAACCCUUCGAGGAUUCGACCUAAUUGAUGAUGCUAAAAGUGUCUUAGAAGAAGAAUGCCCCGAAACAGUUUCGUGCGCAGAUAUCAUAGCAAUUGCGACAAGAGACGCAGUGGCAUUAGCGAAUGGGAAAGUAUACCGAGUCCUAACGGGAAGAAGAGACGGUUUAAUAUCCAACGCUUCUAAAGCGUUGUUAAUUCCUGGUCCAUUUGUUAAUGUGUCACAAGCUCUCAAAUUUUUUAACUCAAAAGGGUUAACAUUAGAAGACAUGGUGACCCUUAUAGGAGCACACACUGUUGGUUGUUCUAAAUGUAGCUUCUUUCAAAAUAGGCUAUCAAGUUUUAAUAAUGGAGAAAUUGAUCCUACAAUGGAUCCUAAUUUAGAUGCUAUGUUGGUUAAAAAAUGUGGAUCAUUUUUUAACCCUAUAGGGAAUAAAACUUGUGUAUUUUUGGAUCAACAAACACCUUUUGAAUUUGACAAUGGAUUUUACAAUCAAAUAGUUGAAAAUAGAGGGAUACUUGAAAUUGAUCAACAACUUGCUUUGGAUCCUUCUUCUAGUGACUUGGUUUGGAGUUAUGCAAGAGAUAAUUUAAGGUUUUGGGAUAACUUUGAAAUUGCUAUGAGAAAGAUGGGAAGUAUUGGUGUUUUGGUUGGAAAUGAGGGAGAAAUUAGAAGGAAUUGCAGAGCUUUCAAUUUUCCUUUAAGUUACUAGAAUGUAAUGUCUUUUGAUUUC